AUGUCCCAGGCCAUUGGCAACACUGCACUCGCGUACGCCAGGGUGUGGCACCAUGUCGACGCCUCCGACCGCAUCCUGGGCAAACUCGCCGAGCGCAUCGCCAUCGUCCUCAUGGGCAAGCACAAGCCCGUAUUCGACCCCAGUUUGGAUUGUGGUGACUAUGUAGUGGUCACGAACGCACGGAAGGUCAAGGUGACGGGAAAGAAGGCGGAUCAAAUCAUUUACAGGCAUCAUACGAUGUAUCCGGGCAAUCUGAAGGAAAUUAAAUACAAAGACAUGAUGAAACGGAAACCCGACGAGAUUAUCCGAAAGGCAGUCUCAGGCAUGCUGCCCAAAAACAAGUUGCGCGACCGCAGACUGGAGAGGCUGCGGAUAUUCGAGGGAGAUGACAUGGGUAUCUUUGCGGAGAACAUCCUAAAGCGGUGGGAAGACGGUACUAUGCGGUAG